GAGGGGUCACAGCCACCGUAGCACGCCCAGCGCACCUCUCCGCUAACAAGCUCGUCACCUAACAAAGAGCACCCCAAAACUGAGGGCGGGAAAGGGUUUGUUUCUUAUCCGAGACACUAAGAGUCAAAUUUAUGAAUGAUUUACUCCUGGCGUUGAGGGCUCGAUGCAAAUGAGCAUAAAGGAAGUUGUCAGCAGCACCAUGCUCUGGCCAAUGGUAGGAAAGCUCCAUCUUAGCUGUGCCACGGGCUGCAUUAAAAAAAGGGACCAGAACAGCGCUCUUUCAGCAUCCUUUCAGACAAGAGCCCCCAAAUCUGUGACAGCGAGCACGCUAAGGCAUCUCGUCAAGAAUGGCAACCCUCAACAGCACUCACUGGAACGAGACUACAUCCAUUUCUCAGUAUCUGGGCUUUCAGGUGCAGAAAAUUUACCCUUUCCACGACAACUGGAACACUGCCUGCUUUAUUAUUCUGAUCAUAUUCAUCUUUACUGUAGUUUCUCUGGUGGUGUUGGCUUUCCUCUAUGAACUGCUAGACUGUUGCUGCUGCGUGAAAAAUAAGACUGUGAAAGACUUGGAGAAUGAACCCAAUCCUGUUAGAGCAAUGCUGAACAGCUUCAGAAAGCACGAAACAGAGGUGGUGUAAGAAGGACUGAGCAUCAGCACUUGAAGAACGUUUAACACCUCGAAUGAAGCCUCUUGUACCUUACGAAUGAGCAAGUCACACGCGUUUUUUCUUUUGGACUUAAAUAUAAUAGCAACGGUUAUCAUUUUAUCUCUGGAUGUGAACUUGAAAAAUUGGCAAAGGUUUUCCAAGUGCUUAGCAGAAGGAUGAUCUGUUACAAUGUUAUGGGGGAAGAAAAUAUUUUUGUUUUUAAAUGACCUUUUGUUGUUUAUAUUGAGUUACUAGCAUAGAUCUUUGUCUACCUGAACAAGAAAAUGUUGCCUAACGUGCAUAAAACUAUGUUGCUUAACUGGAGAAAACGUUUAUAAAAACGCUCAACAAUCUGAUCAUAAAGGACAGGGCAGUGUCCUCCUGCUGAGGUCAACCACACACAGACAGGAAAGACAUACAAGGGGCGAGAAAAAACAUACCAGAUAGAAGGGUUGAAUGGUGAGAGAUCCCACAAGACAGGAGAAGCUUGUGUGAAUUCUUGCCUUCGGCAGCUCUUAUUACAGGUUUCUUGCUUUUAGAAGAGAGGGCGGUGGGAGGAAAAGUAAGCUAAUGUGAAACGUAUCCCUCAAACGGUCUUUUCUAACCUCCUGUGGUACAAUGUGACCCAUUCUCCCUCCCCUUCUCCAGUUCCAGAGAACUGAUCUCCCCUUACUUCAUGUUCAGCCUGUUUAACAACUUCUCCGUGUCGAGAUGUGACUAAUGUGCUACCUUCAGAAUAUCUGACUACUUCCACAAAAGCAUAGUGUAGUGGUGCCACGAUUUAGAAGGAACAGGGGCGUUUUUCUGCCCCAAGGCUGCUGCCUCUACUGUAACCACAACACUACAGGGAGUCAGAUGUACUGGAUAUGUCAUUCCUACCUUAACUUUUCAAAGCUGAACUGGAACUGACCGAGCUCUUGACAAGAAACGCAAAUGGGUCGUAGACCUCCCACACCGAUGACGAUGACAGCGAUUUCGCCCAGCCCGCAAGGCAGCUCUCAGGUGUCGACACGCUUCAGAAAGGAGGCCACACCGGGAUAAGCCCUGCGCUAGAGCCGGCAGGAUGGAUGCACAGCGAGAAGUGCCUUCAUUUUGCACAAGGGAAUCUCAGCUCCCUUCAUCAGCCUGCCGAUGCAUCCCAGCGUUCACACCCACACCCUUCUCACAAACUGACCGCCUAACACAUACCUCUAGCUCACCAGAUUAUUUCUUUUCUGUAGCUGCAUUGCGUCUACAGUUUUUAAAACCGUACAAGUUUUGCAGUUACAAAUUACAACUGCAAUAACGGCGUCCAACGGCGCGGCCAUCAGUAUUGCCCGGUUCAGUAUGCCUAAGCUCCGGAAGAUCUGGACACACUGAAAGACUUGCUAAUUUGACUCUUCCUGGUUGGUGAGAUGGAGUCAGGCCACUACGAACCAGCGCAGCUAGUCCUGCGAUUCACCUGGAGGAGCAAGCUCCUUUCUGCAAUCACAAAACGACACAACUACCGCUGCAACCACUCAUCUCGGAUACACUUGUCACGGUGACGUUUCACCAGUACCAGUCCCUCGCGCAGAGAACGUUUUUAGCUAAGAAUCAAACCAUAAGCACAAUUAAUGGAAGCCGAUGUCCCAGGGACAAGACGUUUUAGGAUUCACACUGAGACACACGACGAAGACAGUGUUCGUGCUGUACAUGUGUUCUGCUGUCAGGGAGACUGGGUUGAUGCCUCGUUACCUUCUGCUGCAUUUGACAGAGUCAGCCCUGAAAGACCCGUGUCCCGCUCAAGAGAGGCAAGAGCAGCCAUCGGGACGCACUGAAUGAAUUAAGAUUCCUCUUUCCUGAAGGCAAACACUCCGAACGACAAUGGGACGGCUUUCCGUUCGCAGUGUUCCUACAAAACGCUCAUCGUCGCUGCACACAAGAAGGCAGUGUGCAGGAAGUAACAUGGCUAGCCUCUGCUACGCUGGCUUCGUGUUCUUACGCCUUCCUGAGAAGCACACGCAAGGAAAAAUCUUGGGACUCCUUCCAGCUACUUAUUUCACAGAUCUACCAACGGGCUGGGUGUCUGCCCAAGGAACAGAAGACAAAGAUCUCCCCUUGCACAGCCCUUGAGCCUCAGGACGAUGCUUUCCCACCUGUAGGCGAAGUAGUGAAACAGCUCCUGGAGACUUCAGCUCUUGGUUACUUGCUGGCUAAGAUCACUAAAGGUCUUAAGAUAAAGACUAAGAUCUUAGCCACGACUUACUAUUGACCAAUAAAAAGAAAUAAA